ACCGCCUCCCGCGCGCGUCCACCGGCCGCCGCGCGCGCCGCGCUGUAGCCCCGGUCCCCGGGCGACGGCGGAGGAGGGGGCGCCGCAAGAUGGCGGACCUGUCGCUGCUCCAGGAGGACCUGCAGGAGGACGCGGACGGAUAGAUAACCGCGGUAGAAUUUGUGGUGUGUUCGGGCAGAGCUGAGAUUUACUGUGGCUACUGUCGAUCUGGUGUGGAUGACUACAGCUCAGAGUCUGAUGUGAUUAUUGUACCUUCAGCCCUGGACUUUGUCUCACAAGAUGAAAUGUUGACGCCACUGGGGAGAUUGGACAAGUAUGCUGCAAGUGAGAACGUAUUUAACAGACAAAUGGUGGCCCGGAGUCUGCUGGAUACCCUGAGGGAAGUCUGUGAUGAUGAAAGAGAUUGUGUGGCUGUUUUGGAAAGAAUUAGCAGAUUAGCUGAUGACUCAGAGCCGACCGUGCGAGCAGAGCUGAUGGAGCAGGUGCCGCACAUUGCCCUAUUUUGUCAAGAAAACCGGCCCGCCAUCCCGUAUGCCUUUUCCAAAUACCUACUGCCCAUUGUGGUGCGGUAUCUGGCAGAUCAGAACAAUCAGGUAAGAAAAACGAGUCAGGCGGCCUUGUUGGCGCUGCUUGAGCAGGAGUUAAUCGAGCGGUUCGAUGUGGAGACCAAGGUAUGCCCCGUGCUUGUCGAGCUGACUGCCCCGGACAGCAACGACGACGUGAAGACAGAAGCUGUGGCCAUAAUGUGCAAAAUGGCUCCCAUGGUUGGGAAGGACAUCACAGAACGUCUUAUCCUCCCCCGGUUUUGUGAGAUGUGCUGCGACUGCAGGAUGUUUCAUGUUCGAAAGGUCUGUGCUGCCAAUUUUGGAGAUAUUUGCAGUGUAGUUGGCCAGCAAGCUACUGAGGAAAUGCUGUUGCCCAGGUUUUUCCAGCUUUGCUCUGAUAAUGUGUGGGGAGUCCGCAAGGCUUGUGCCGAGUGCUUCAUGGCGGUUUCAUGUGCAACAUGUCAAGAAAUUCGACGGACUAAAUUAUCAGCACUAUUUAUUAAUUUGAUCAGCGAUCCUUCACGUUGGGUCCGCCAAGCAGCUUUUCAGUCUCUGGGACCUUUCAUAUCUACUUUUGCUAAUCCAUCUAGCUCAGGCCAGUAUUUUAAAGAAGAAAACAAAAGUUCAGAAGAUACAUCAGUAGAAGACAAAAAUAGGAUCAGAGACCACGAGGCCCUGGAGGAUGCAGAACUCAGGCCAGAGGAAGCUCCUGCAGUGCCGGCUGUUAGCGCCAGUGUGGAGCUGGAGGGCACAAUGACAGGAGGGGCCGAGAGCCCUAGGCAGCCCCCCGGGGAAACGGGUGCCCCACUCUCUGCCUCGUCCUCAGAAGCCCAGCCAGAGGCCGCCAGCAACGAAGGGGACGGAAAGCCUGGGAACUGCGGGUCUGUGUCGCUGUCAGAGGGGAGCUUCAGCGCACAGGAUCCGGCCCUCCCAGACCAGGACUUGUUCAACUCCUUCCACUUCUGGAGGACUCCGCUCCCCAACAUCGAUCUGGACAUGGAGCUGGAGCAGGGCACUGGGGGCACGCCCAGCCCUGAGGGAGCUGAAGAGACGCCCGAAGUCCCUGGCCCCAUUUCUGCCAACAUCACCAUGGCCACCAGGAAGGAGCUUGAGGAGAUGAUAGAAAACCUCGAGCCACACAUCGAUGACCCCGACGUGAAAGCGCAGGUGGACGUGCUGGCCGCUGCCCUGCGCGCCUCCAGCCUGGAUGCCCGCGACGAGGCCUCUGAAGCCACCAGGAGGGCCACUCAGGACGAGCCGGCUACUGGCGAGCCCCCUGGCUGUGGACUGGGCCACGAUGCCACCGGGCCACUCAUCAGCGAUGCUGUUGAGACCCUGGACUCCGCCCUGUGCUACAUUCGAGAUGAUUCGGACUUGAGCAGCAACAGCGGUUUUAGUCCUGAUGAGGAAAGGCGAUCUAAAGUGCAGGACGUGGUGCCCCAGGCCCUGCUGGAUCAGUAUCUGUCCAUGACCGACCCCUCCCGGGCACAGACGGUGGACACAGAGAUCGCCAAGCACUGCGCCUACAGCCUCCCGGGUGUGGCACUGACGCUGGGCCGGCAGAACUGGCACUGCCUCAGGGAGACCUACGAGGCCCUGGCCUCUGACAUGCAGUGGAAGGUUCGGCGAACACUGGCCUUCUCCAUCCACGAGCUUGCCGUCAUCCUUGGAGAUCAGUUGACAGCUGCAGAUUUGGUUCCAAUUUUUAAUGGAUUUUUAAAAGACCUCGAUGAGGUCAGAAUAGGUGUCCUUAAACACUUGCACGAUUUUCUGAAGCUUCUUCAUAUUGACAAAAGAAGAGAAUAUCUCUAUCAACUUCAGGAGUUUUUGGUGACAGAUAAUAGUCGAAAUUGGCGCUUUCGAGCCGAGCUGGCUGAACAGCUGAUCUUACUCCUGGAACUGUACAGCCCCAGAGAUGUCUAUGACUAUUUGCGCCCCAUUGCCCUGAACCUGUGUGCAGAUAAAGUGUCUUCCGUCCGCUGGAUUUCCUACAAGCUGGUUAGCGAGAUGGUGCGCAAGCUGCACCAGGCCGCGCCACCCUCCUUCGGGGUGGACCUCAUCCGCGAGCUGGUGGAGAGCUUCGGCCGCUGCCCGCGCUGGUCAGGGCGCCAGGCCUUUGUUUUCGUCUGCCAGACUGUCAUUGAAGAUGACUGCCUUCCCAUGGACCAGUUUGCUCUGCACCUGAUGCCGCACCUGCUCACUUUGGCCAACGACAGGGUGCCAAAUGUUCGUGUGCUGCUUGCAAAGACCUUAAGACAGACUCUACUAGAAAAAGAAUGUUUCCUCACCUCUGCCAGCUGCCACCAGGAGGCCGUGGAACAGACCAUCAUGGCUCUUCAGAUGGAUCGUGACAGUGAUGUCAAGUACUUCGCCAGCAUCCACCCAGCCAGCACCAAGGUCUCUGAAGACGCCCUGAGCACGGCUUCCUCGACCUACUAGCCGGCCUGACCAGGUUCCCUGCUUCCAGGGGGCCGAGGCCCGGCACACGCCCCACGUGGCCCGGGACAGCCGGGGGGGGCACCGCCCUCCCUCGCAGACUUAACUGCAGGUGCAAGUUGCCUACACCGAUACCAGGGAUUUUCAGAGUCAAGAGAAAGUACAGUAAACACUCUUAUCUUACCUUGACUCGAAGGGAAAGUCUUUCUCAGAGGAUUGUAAUUGUCACCGAAGCCUUAAAUCCUUCCGUCUUCCUGACUGAAUGAAACUUGAAUUGGCCGAGCGUUUUCCUUGUGGAGGACGAGACGCCCCGAGGCCCGCAUUGCUUUCUGCCGGUUCCCUGGAACCACCGAGUUGGAAGCGCGGCUGUGAGGCGGCUGCGAGGAGAGGGACGGGAGAGACCUCCAUCCAGUGUUAGCGCUCGCUCCUUCCACGCAGGCCGGGACCUGCGGGCUCUGCAGCCAGCUGCCGGUCCAGCCCGCCGUGUGAAUAGUGCCGACGUGUGUACGCGGGAAAGGAGAUAUUUUUUGGAUUUCUCCUAAGGGCUUGAUGCUAACACUAAGUAGAAUCUGAUUUUAACUCUUAAAUGCAGCACAUUGCUGCCCACAUUUACGGAGCGUUUGCUGAGUCUUUGUGUCCUGAUUCUUUUUCAUGCUGGUCAUGACCCGAAGGAAAUUUAUGAGCACGUGUUCUGUACGGCAGGCGUUUUUAACUUGAUCAUGAUCGGCUCUGAGGUGCAACUUCGUCUCCCAUGCUGUACAUACCUGGGACCACUCUGGGGAGGGCCGCAGCCUUUAAUCAUGCUGUUCAGCUGCUGUGCACAAGUUCUCUCGUCCAAAUAAAAUUUAUUACUAAGAUCUAUA